AUGAACCACGACACUCUGCUCCCCGUCGACAACGAGACCAAGAGCUCGGCCACGAGAACGACCAACGAUGGCCGUACCCUCACCUACGAGAUGCAGGUCCUGCAGCAGCCCAUGAGAGCCAGAGCAUGUGGCCAAGGCGCAAAAUCUUCGGCCGACCGCAGGCCAGUGGACCCGCCACCCAUCGUCGAGCUCAAGAUCUUCGAGGGCGAGAAACGGGAUGACAUUACUUAUACCAUGCACGCUAAUUACUUCCUCUUCGCAACCCUGGAGCAAGCGCGUCCGAUGGCUCAUGCCCGUGGGCAGGAUAGAAACAGCACGCAUCCCGUGCUCACUGGAACUCCCGUCGCCGGAAUGGUGUACCUGGACCGCCCAAAUCCCGCCGGCUACUUCAUCUUUCCAGAUCUAUCUGUCCGCCACGAGGGUAAAUACAGGCUUAGCUUCAGUCUGUACGAUGAGCUCAAGAAUGCCAAGGAUGAGGACAAACUGGACGAAGGCGGUGCCAACGCCGGUGGUGAUGCCCAUGUCACCCAUCGUCUUGAAGUCAAGUCCAAGCCCUUCCAUGUCUACAGCGCAAAGAAGUUCCCGGGUCUCACGGAGAGCACCUCCCUCAGCCGGAUGGUGGCCGAGCAAGGUUGCCGCGUUCGCAUCAGGCGGGAUGUUCGGAUGAGGAGACGAGAACCGAAAUCUGGUGGAAAGGACUGGGAUGAGUAUGAAGAAGAGACUGCUGUCGCACGUGCAAGAGCCUCGGCGACUCCGGAUCCAAACAUGUACCCGGCCAUGCAAACACCACACGGAUACAUCGAGCCAAAUUCCCGACCACGGUCUGCCAGUAACGCUAGUCACCAAUCACUUGGGUCCAUCUCGCGUCGACCGUCCAUGCAGGAGAUAGGACAGGCCUACCACCAACAACCUCACUACGGCACAGCACCGCAUACACCCCAAAAUGGAUACACUCAGACAGCUGCAUAUGGACCAUCCUCAGGACAACAGUACCCACCCAAUCAGUUCAUGCAGCAACCACCUCCAAUGCAGCCACCUCCGCCACAGUCUUACCCAGCACCACCGCCGGUCACGACCGCACAACAACCUCAACCGCCGCAGGGCUAUUACAGCUAUCCUCCUGCGCCCACGCCGCCGCAAGCAACCCAAGCGCAGCAGUACAAUAUGCCAUCACAUACUUACGAGUCUGGAGCUCAGCCACACCGCCCAAGCGUCGACUAUUCUGCACAGGAUGGGUACCGCAGGAACUCGCAGCAGAUUCCACCACCGCCUCAUCCUACAGGUUAUCCUCAAGCGAUGCAACCACAGUAUGCGGCACAAAUGCCGCCGGCGCAACAGUAUCAGCAACCGCCGCCACCUCCACCACCGCAGACGACACAACACUCCUCGUUCCCGUCGAUGGAUCUCUUCAACUCACGACCGGCUCCAGUAGAGCCACUCCACAGGGGUAAUACUCCAGCACCUAAGGGUUCUUUUGAUCUACCCCCACUCAACACUGCAGCUAUGGCCAGCAACAAGCUCGAAGCCUCGUCGCCAACCAGCGCAGCACCGACAAACGCCUACUUUAGUGGUGGUCAACCCCCUAUUGAUACGCACAAGCGCAGCUACGGUGACGUGUUCAGUAACAGGCAUCAAAAUGGACCACUGCGCCAAGGACAGCGCCCAAGCUAUGGUCAAGGAGACAAUCUUACGACCAACACUUCCAUGCCUGCAGCUGACGAUGAUGACAACGCGGGCGCCGAGCUGGAUCCAACGACUUUGGGCAUGCAUUACCGUAGAGCGGAUGGCCGACAGAUUCAGCGUGCUUUGCCUGGUCAUGCGUAG